AUGCAGAUCUUCGUGAAGACCAUCACCGGGGCAACUCUCACGCUCGACGUCGAGAGCAGCGACACGGUCGACAGCGUCAAGGCCCAGAUCCAUGACAAGGGAGGAAUCAUCGUCACCUCCGACACCGACGACGACGACGAUGACCAGCAUCAGCUACCUUCUCUCGUCUACGCCGGGAAGGAGCUCGAGGCGGUGGACGGCCGAACGCUGGCCGACUACGGCAUCUGCAAGGAGUCGACGCUGCACCUCGCGCUCGGUCUCCGCGGCGGCCGCCGCGGCCGCGGCUACGGCUACUACCGGGGGGCCUGCUUCCCCUGGGCCAUCGAGCCAAACCUCCGAGCCAUUGCGUUCGGCUACAGCAAGGACAAGAUGAUCUGCCGAAAGUGCUAUGCGCGCCUUCCUCCCAGGUCGACCAACUGCCGCAAGAAGUGCGGCCGCAGCACCGACCUAAGGCGGAAGAAAUUGCGUGGACCAUGGUGA